AACUCCAGCAGGACCAAGGGUAUCGCCGACCUGGAGAGAGAGAUGGAGGAGCUCCGAGCGAACUACCAACAGGUGUGCGAGGAGAGGGAUGCGCUGGAAGACCUUCUACUGCAGGAGCAGCUCAAGAACCGAACGCCAGCGGACAAGCAACUAGAGGAGGCCAAAGCACAUGCAGCAGCGCUGGAGCUUGAGCUAAGAUCAAUGGCUGCUAGAUGCGAGGAAUGGAAGCGCCGGGCAGCUCAGCGGGCAGCUGAAAUGAAUCCAGCCAUGGUGCAGGCGCUACUGGAGGAGCGGCUGGAAGAUUUGGAUGAGUCAGGGACGAUCAAGAUACAGAUGGAGGUGGCUCGCCUGCGGGACGAGCUUGCCAAGUCCGAGGUGCUGCGAUUUGAACUCUUCCGCAGCACACAGGAGGGAGCAGCCACGAACAGCAGGUGGGAGGCGGAGGAGGAGGGGCUGAAGCAGCAGAUGGAGGAAGUGGAUGCAGGCAGGGAGAUCAACAGUAAGAGCAUUGAUGAGAUCCCAGAGAGCACCGUGUGGAGAGAAGCCCACAGCAUGCAGGAGGAAGCAGAGGAUUUGAUGCAGGAGCUGCUGGAGAUGGGGCAGGCGUCUCUGAGCCAGCAGGACGUGGAGCGAUUGUCAGAGGCAGUAGAGGCUGCAGAGCACAGAGCAGUGGAGGCUGAGAGGAGGGCAGCACAGGCAGAGAAGGAAGCUUCUGAGAAGGCGAUGCAAAUAAGGGUGCUGGAGGCGAAGCUAGCAGCACUACUGUUUUUCCAAAAGUCAUCUCGGUCUGACAGAUUGUCUUCGGUUUUUUUCUUCAUGUUCACCUUUUCUCCCCCAUCCUUUCCCAUGAACUUGACUACCUCUCCUCCCCUCCCUCCUUGCCUCCUCUCCUCUCCGUCCUUUCCACUCCUCCCCUCCCUUCUUGCCUCCUCUCCCCUCCAUUCUUACCUUUCCUCCCCUCCUUCCUGUCUCCCUCUCCCGUGUUUCCUUUCCUCUUCCUCCUCCUUCCCUACCUCCCGUCCCUGUUUUUUUCCCACCUCUCCCCUCCUUCCCUGCCUUCACUCCCUUCCUAAAUCGUCAUCCCCUUCCUCUUCCCUUGCUGCUCCUGCUCCUGUUCGUUCUCGCUUCUCUCUGCCAAUUAUGCUUCUCUUACUGUCUCCUCCUUCCUUUCCUCUUUCCUUCUCCUUCCUCUCUCCUUCCUCUUCCCCUUCUCCUACCUCUCUCCACCCCGUCACAUUAUAUUCACAUGAUUUCCUGCAGGGAGGAGGAGACCCUUCAGCAAUCGCAUCUGAUCCUUACCACCACCAAGCCCUGUCCUCCUCUUCCUCCCUCACCUCCCGUCCACUUCCCUCCACCUCAACCACUGGCAAAAGUAACCCCGCCACUGCCACUUCUGCUCCCACCCAAGUCCCAACCACCACCAAUGCUUCUGCUUCUGCUGCCACUUCAUCCGUCCAUGCUCUGGCCAAUGGAACCACGCCACGGGUCAGCAACACUGAUGACGUGGCAGGACAGGCGCGCGACGUGUCGAGGAGGAGAGCUGACGUGGCAAGGGAGAGUGCUGGGAGACGGGACUCUUUGCUGGUGAUUGGAAGUGAAGAUGGGGCUAGUGCUGUUGGCAAGAGGAUUGGUGGGGUCAGGGGGGUUGGGAGUGAGGUGGAGAGCAGUGCAGGGGAGAGUAAAGGGGAUAGUGCAGAGGAGAGUGGGGGGGACAGUUUGAAGGAGCUUGCAGCGGCGCAGAUUGCAGAUGUUGAGGAGAUUCGGGAGAUUGUUACUCGUGUUCAGGGAGAAGGAGCUGAGGAAUUAAUAACAGGAAACUCGCCUAGUGAAGACUCGUUAAGAGGUGAUUCGCUAAGACGAGACGGUCAGCAGCCGGGUGGUGGACGGCGUUUACUGCAACAGGAUGGCCGGCAGGUUUUUGACGAUGGACGGCAAGCAGGCGGGUUCAGGUGGGAGGAGGUGGGCGGCGAGGCUCGUCGCGGAGUGGUGUGGUGGAUGCAUCUGUCGGACGUCCACGUCAGCGUGCACGUGCCGUCAAGAGCCAAUGAUCUCCUCGUGCACCUCGUGCCAGCUGUCCGCGUUAUAGCGCCUGCUGCGCUUAUAGUGUCUGGGGAUCUCACAGAGUCUAAGAACCGCCAGCGAACAACAACGGCCCAGAACGAGUCAGAAUGGCACGCCUACUCCCAAGCAAUGCACGCCCUCAGCAGCGCAAUCAACGCCGCCCACCCGCCCUCCUCCCCCUCUCCGCCGCUCUCCCUCACCCCUCAAUCCCAACAAACCGAACAAACUCAGAAUCACCCCAUUUCUCCCGGGCGUUCCUCAUGCGUACCCUUCCCCCGGGUGCUGGAUCUGAGGGGUAAUCAUGACGCGUUCAGUGUGCCGAUUCGAGGCGGCAAGGGGGAUUUUUUUGGGCGGCAGAGUGUCAGCGCGCAGUGUGGGAGGGGGGGGGUGCAGGGACUGGUGCUGCGGCCUUUUGAGGGAGACUCGGGGAAAGCAUCCCCAUCCCCGCCCAUCCUCCUGCUAGGCGUCGACAUUGCGCCCCGGGUCGGCAUCAGAGGACCCUCCAACUUCUUCGGCCAUCCCACCACGUCUGACCUGGACGCGCUGGAUUCUGCUCUCAGCCAAUGGGAGGCCGCCACGUCAGCGCUUCCAGCCACCCCUGCCACGUCACCCUCAUGGAACACGUCAGCACAGGGAUUAUCCUCAGCCCCCGGCCCUGCUGUUGUGUUCUCGCACUACCCUCUCGCUUUCACCACUCACGAGCCCUCCUCCCCAUCCUCCCUCUCUCCCUCUUCCUCUUCUCACAGUCCCUCCACCUCCUCCUCCCCGGGCCUCUUUGCCCCUGCUGCCUCUCCGCGUCGCAUGCACGAUAUAUUGCUGGCACAUGCAACCGCAGUGGCAGCAUCAUCAUCAUCAGCAGCAGCAUCAUCAGCAGCAGCAGUGCAUGGUGCCGCAAACCGCAUGGUGCUCGUGAAUGGGCAUCUGCACUGGACGUUCGGGCGGCACUUGUACAGGUGGCAUGCCGUGAGAGGUGGAGGGAAAAGGGAGGGGGAGGGGGAGGAUAGGAGGGGGCGGCAGUUGGGUGGAAGGGCAGGCGGGGAAAGGACAGGGAGUGGGGAAGAAAGUCGCAGUGCAGAGGAGGUGGGGGGGGCUGGAAGGGAAGGAGUAGCAAGUGGUGGUGGAGCAGGAGUGGAGAGCGGUGGAGCGGGGUUGUGGGAGUGGGAGGUGGGUGACUGGCGCAGCAGCAGAGUGAUUCGCAUCAUGGCCCAUGACCCGGUGACUGGCUUGCAGUUCACCGACUUUCAACUAUUGAGUCCCACUCUCGCCCCAAACACGGGAGAGCCCGUCACACCGGACCCCAUGCUGCUGGCACAGCAGGAGAAGGGAGAGGGGGAGCAGGUGGCAGCGCCCCAUGCUGCUGGCACAGCAGCCAGUGGUGCUGCUCACAUGUUUCCCUCAUGUCUACCCCUAAAAUCCCGCUCUUGCUCCCCCUCUUCCCUCCUCUCCGCUGCCUUUCUCUCACCAGGCCCCAUGCUGCUGGCACAGCAACCAGUGGUGCUGCUCACAUGCCCCCCCAAUGCACACUUCCUGCCGAAAAGAGAACAGGAGAAGGGAGAGGGAGAGCAGGUGGCAGCGUGGGUGGCGGGGGGCCCCAUGCUGCUGGCCCAACAACCAGUGGUGUUGCUCACAUGCCCGCCCAACGCUCACUUCCUGCCACAAUCACAGCCCAAGAGCGCAGGAGCAGAAGAGGGAGGGGGACAGGGGGAGCAGGUGGCAGCGUGGGUGGCGGGGGGUGAGAUUCGAGCGCUUGUCUUUUCCCUCCCGCCCAUCCUGAACGUGUCUGCCGUUGUCUAUCUCGAGCGGGAACCGGGCGGCAUCAUGGGCGGCAUCCUGGGCGGCAUCCUGGGCGGCAUGUUUGGCAUGGGCGGCAAGGGGAGCAGCGUGCAAGGAGUGCGAGUGGAACUUAGAGGGGAGAGCGGUGCAGAGGGCAGUAGCACCGGUAGCAGCACGGGCAGUGGAAAGGAGGUUGAAAUGGAGAUAGUAGAAGAAGUGACUCUAACGAGGGAGGGUGAGGAGGAGCAGGGUCGGGAGGAAGUGGAGAAGGGAGGGAGUGAAGAGGACGGCAAUCGCCAGCCGUCUCCGCUUUUCUGGGCGGCGUGGGACGCGACGAGAUACGCUCGCCCGCCCUUCUCUCCCUCCUCCCGCCUGUGGCUUGCCGUCCGGGUAUCAUACCACACUCCUCUUCCUCUUCCACAUGACGCCUCUGCUGCAUCUGCUGAAGAAACACUGUUAGAUGCUGCUGCUGCUGCUGCUGGUGCUGCUGCUGCUGGUGUAUCAGUGUACACAUCUCCCCCACAGCCCUUCACCGCAUUCAACCGCCCUGUACCGUUCCAGCACACGUGGCUGGAGCGGACCAUUAUGGGAACUGACUGGGAGGACCUCUGGGUGUUUGCUAUUGCCUCUCCUCUCCUCUUCCUCGCCCUCAUACUCCUUGGCUCUCGGGCCUUGUCAUACCUCAUCUCCCCUCCCUCUUCCCAGUUCUCUCCCUCUUCUCACCCUUCCCACUCUUCUCAUGCCUCUCACACCAAUCACGCCACUCACGCCACUCACUCGGCCUCCUCUCAUUCUCCUUCCACCACUCCAGCCACAGUCAGACAAACCCCCCAUUCCACCUCCGUCUUCACCUCCCCCUCUCCGGCUUCCCCCUCCCACCACCCUCCCUCAAACUCCCAUCUACAAACCUUCUCCUCCUCUCUUCUCACUCUCGUCAAAUCCCUCUCCUCUGCUCUCCUCGCCCUCCUACGUCUCUUACUACACAUCUACCUCGCUGCUUCCUACUCCUCGGCCUGGCCCCUCUCGUUGCUCCUCCUCCUCUACCUCUGCCUCUUCCCCUGGUUCUGGGCUCGCCCUCUCGGACCCUCCUGCGCCGUCGGAUCUCUCUCGAUCUACGGCUGGGCUGUUCCCCCCUGCGAGCCCAUCCCUCCUCCCUCUUCUUCCUCCUCCUCCUCCUCCUCCUCCUCCUCCUCCUCCUCGUUUCCAGCCCUUUCCAACUCCCCUCUCACAUCCAACCUCGCUGUUCCAGACAUAGUGACUACAGUUGAGCCCUUUCUGGUCUUUGUCACUGUUCCUGUAUUUCUCGUGCUUCCCCUCCUCCUCUUUCUCCGAUCCGCCCUCCUCUCACCCUGCGGCCCGCACACUCUCGUUGGCUGGGGCAGGGGUAGCAGGGGGCAGCAGUGGGGCAUGGGGUGUGGGUCGCCCAUCAGAGCAUGGCAGGUGGUCGUGGUGCUUGCACUCGUGGCUGCUGCUGCGCCACUGCCCACCCUCGUGUACCUCCGGGUGAGUUUUAGACAGUUUAUUGGGACCUGGCAGAGAUUUGGAGUUGUGCGGGAGGUUCUGGGUGAGAGGGGAGGGAAAGCAGGAAACAGCAGUGGGGCAUGGGGUGUGGGUCGCCCAUCAGGGCAGGGCAGGUGGUGGCUGUGCUUGCACUCGUCGCUGCUGCUGCCCCUCUGCCCAUCCUAG